AUGGCGGCAAAGCCAGAAGCAGAGGAAGCCUCAGCGAGGGUCGUUCGGAGUCUGGUAGAGCUUGGAGAGAGGCAGGUUCGGGCGGUCGUUCUUCCCUGCGGCACUGUGGGGUCCUUCAAAGGGGAGGUGUACCAGUACGAGAGGCCUGUCGCGGCCUCGGACGGCCGUUCCAGACCGGGCCUUUUUUUCUGGAUUUUCAGAUGGGUCGUGGAUUUCCUGGGCGGCUCGGCGGUGCCGAACUUCGCCGGGCGUUCGCGGGAGCCAAUAGCCAAUCGCACGGCAGCCGUCAUUUAUGAUGGCCUUUCGUCUUCUGAUGAGGAGACUCAGAAGAUGAGCAAGGACGAGGAGACCGUCGACAUGCCGACUGCGGCGGAGCACUUGACAUCGUCCAACAUGAUGACACGGAUGACUCAAGUCAAGAGAAAGUCCCUCGGCGGCAAUAGCAGCCGCUCGGACGGCGUGAAAUCAGAGGUCAAAGCCGACGUGAAGGAGGAGCCGAUGGAGGCCGACGAGGACCAGGGCGAUCCGGACGAUGACGGGCCCAUCAGCAGGGGAGACUUUAGCCUUUCGUCCUUCGCCUUCAUUUGUUGGCUAGCCCAGCUCAUGGCGAAGGGCCCUCGUGCAAAUGCCAAGUGGAAUCUCGCUCCAGACGAUGUGAAGGCCCGUGCAGCGGCCUUUCUGGCAGGGAUGCGAGACACCUUCUGGCAGGACGUUCGAAAAGGUGGUUGUCAUGUCGUGCAGGGCGACUUGUUGGUCCAGCCUCUCGUUAAGCAGCACGGCCAACUUCCAGGCAAGAUCUUCGGCAAGAAGGAGAAGGUUCCGGUGCUCGAGGCCUUGGCGACCCUCCAAGCUGAUGCCGUUCGAAGGAGUUUGGGAAUGGAACGUCGCAGGAUGGCCGAGAAGGUGUUCAGCCGCCUGGUAGGGUCUCUCGCAGAGGCCAUCGAUGACUCCGCCUCAAACCCGUUCUGGACGACCACUCGAGUGGAGGCCUUGGACCAGCUGAGGACUCGAAAGACGGCCCGAGGGUACCGCCGAUCGUCGCACGGCCUGCAGGAGGCCAUUCUGAGUGCGGGCACACAGGCAGGCCCAUCGGUUGCUUCGGCUCUCGUGGCUCAGAGCCAUUUCGCAUCGGGGGCGACCGAGCAGGCGAGACGAAACAAGGAACGACCCUCAAAGUUCCUCGAGGCCGAGCGUUUGUCCUACGUCGCUGCAGGUCGUUUGGCUUUGGCCCACUCGUCGGUUCUCAGCGUCGUCGCUGAUGCCGUCCACGUGGGAACGGAGGACUGGCUCAACGUGUUCCUCUGCGACACAACCGAGGACGUGUCUUUCGUGUGCCCGCCGCAGGUGAAGAAAGGGACUGCCAUCACGUCGGAGGACUGGGUCGACAUGUGGCAGAACAAAAUCACGAAGUUCUUCCAGAAGGCGAGCUCCAAAGGUCGGUCGAAGGACAAAGUUUCCGGGGGCUACAAGGAGCCGGACAGGCUGGCCACUCAGGAGUGGCUGCGAGACAUGUCCCACAGCCUGGCGGUCGUCGGGUGGGGCUGGUCGUGCUUCCGACGGACGAGCGAGGACAAAAGGCCGCUCGUCAUGGUCCUUUGCACGGACCAGGAAGCAACCCAGUUGGCGGCCGUGAACUAUCUGAAAUUCGGCCGUUCGUUGUUCGUUGAGCAUAUCAACGACCCGGCCCAUCGUUCGCACAACGACGUUCACCUGGCCAUGGCGGCGGCGGGCCUCUUGACGUUCAGCAUCGUGUCGAUCGGGCUGUACAACGUUCGGUAUGGCCCCUGGAACAAGGGCACGUGGUUCGGCAAGAUCCAGACGACGGCCGACGAGAUGAGCCGCUCCAUGCAGCCGUCGGACCCCCUGCUCCUGUCGUUCUUUCCCGACAUUUUGUCGGACGAGGGCCGUUCGCAGGAGGAGAACACCGACGCCUCUCGGAGGGCCUUUCUGCAGUCGCUCCCCAACAGGUCGUUCGUGAGAUGCAAAGGCAGCAAGGCCUCUCAGUCUCGCUUCAACAGUCUCUCGACGGCCCACGCGGAGCUCGACAGGGACUGGUCGGCGUUCGCCCUCGUGAUGGUCGUCCUGUGCGUCUCCGAGGGCUGGAGCAAGACGGCGGCCGACCUUUGGUCGCCUGUCUGCGGCGUCGCCGACACGACCGGCACGAGCAGGGCAGCCGCCAAGUCGGCCGCUCGUAAGGCUCUGCAGCAGCAGCGAGGCCGUUCUGUGAACACCUUGCACGGGAUGACGAUGUUUGCUUGCAACCAGGACAAUCGCUCACUGGCCCGGACCGUCUACUUCGUGCUGGAGCCAGAGAACGUUCGCUGCAGCCACAUGCUGCAGGAGCUCAGGUCGUCCGAGGCCACCGUGGAGCAGUACUCCAAGUGGGCUCACUGGUCCUACAUGGAGGUCGCUCGCCAGCACGUCGCCAAGCUGUCGGACCUGGCCGCUCUGCAGCGGAUCGGCCUUGACAUGUCUAUGCAGCUGCCGAAAGAGGACGUGCUAGAGGCCUCGCUGGUGUGGCAGGAUGCGGUCGCUCGCAGAGUCGCGAAACUCACUCAGAGACUCUUGCGAUAUCGGUGCGGCAGCCAGCUGGGUUCGACGAACGGCUGGGGAGCUUCAGCCGGCUUGCUGCACGAGUCUGCUGCCCUGCGACAGUCCAGCCUAAGGUUUCUCGAAGAGGUCGACCGCACGGUCCAGCGUGUGCAGGCCGAGGGCUCCUUGGAAGCGAAGCUCCUCCUGGACGGGCACCCCGCCACCGCCCCCGUGAUGAACAUGUUGCUCUGCGAGUUGAGGCCCUUCGUGGAGAUUCCUUCGGAGACGAUGGAGUGGCUUCGCCGUUCGUGGAGUGGGCUUUUGAACUCGAAGCUCGUCGAAGAUGCGAACAAGGUCCAGCGAGAGGCGGAGCAACGGAACGGCACCGCGAAGACGCUCGGUCGCCUGGAGGGCUGGCACGGCCUGUCGCGGAAGAAGCUCCUCGAAACCUACCAGAGAGCCGAGGUACCGAGCGGCCGCAUGGCGACUGUGCCUACGACGUUCGAGGCCGACCGGUGGUUCGUGCGGCCGAAUCGAAGCCGCACACAGAGCAGUUCGUCCACGGCCCCCCCUGUGGAUGAUGCGACGAACCUGGCCGACCAGACCAUCGAGGACGAGCUUCUGGCAGGCGUCAGCCUUGCGAGGACGUGGGCCUCUCCCACACCGGAGUCGGAGCAGGACAGGCUGGCCGGGUUCUCGCUGCUCGCGAAGGUCGUCAAGGAGAACCUGGACUGGUCGUGCGCGGAGAAGGGCUGGUGGGCAACCUUGGCCCCUGAGGCCCAUGCCCUGCAGUUCGCAAAUGGCCCGCCGUCGUACGUCGUUCGCAGCUACAAGCGAGCGGCUCUCGUGUGGCCAGGAAGAGUGCAGACUUCGCCAGCCGGAGACAUGGUGUGCUUGGAGCUGGACAACCCUGGUCUGGGAUGGGUCCAUCUUUUCGACGAGGCCGUGCAGGUUCUGGACCUCGUGGCGACCUCCCCACAGCGUGGCCUGUGCAGCUCAGGUCUUUUGUCUCUCGGUGAGACCCGGGCUCUGGGUGUGGUCUUCCGGGUGCAGGCCAGGCGUUCUUUGCUGGACCACCACCAGCACUACGGCUUUGCCGGCGUGCCGGAGUGGGGUCUUCGACGGCUCGCAGAGGUCAAGGGAUGGCCGGCCGAAGCUGAAGCUCAAGCGACGGACCACGAGGAGGACGACCGCCUGGCCGUGGUUUGCCUCUUGUCACUCGAAGCAAGUCUGACGAAGGACGAAGUGGUCGAUCGUCUCUUGUUUCGCCAGGAUGCGGCCGCAUGGGCGAGCGAGGCAGGCGACCUGGAUCUCACAGACAUCGUUCGAGACACCAUGCUCGCAGCGGAUCAGGACGUCGCCCUCCAGCAAAUUGCCAAACGAAAAGCCUCGCACGAGACGGCCGUGGAGAUUCGCAAGCGGGUCUCGCGGACGUUCGAGUCCGUCGCCAAGACCUUCGCCAGCCGACCAGAGUACAAAAAGGCGGCGGCAGCUCGCAAGGCCAAAGAGAAGCAGCUCCAGCAAAAGCAGAAGGAGCAUGCCGCUGCGAUGAAACGUUGUUAUGCCACUCUCAGCUCGGACAUCGACAAAGCCGUCAAAGUCGCCGUGCCCACAGCCGUUCGAGUGUACCGGGACGACUACAACGGUCGCUGGCGUCUCACGUACAGCAGUUCGUGGGCGUAUGCGACCCGCAGCAUUUCGUGGACGGCCGUAGGCAGUAAAAAUGCUGCAGCAGAGGUCGUCAGGCAAGGGUGGCUUUGGUCGGAGUCCUUUGACGGCACGACUAUGCCGGAGGAGGCGGCGGCGAUGUUGCAAAAGAUGACGGCCUGA